AUGGCUACGCCGAACCGCGGCAGAAGCCAAACUCCCCAGCCCAGGAAUCCCUUCGAUAUUCCUGUGGCCUCCUCCCCGGGAUCGAUCCUCAGUCGCAACUACGGCACUUCUCUUCCUCGAGCCGAUGCUACCGCUCGACUGGCUACGCCGCCCGUCCCUCACGCUUGGAAUACGCCGCCGCGAAGCUCGAAUUCACCGAGCCGUGCCAAUGCGGCCAACUCGGACGAUGCAACGCCGCUGGCAGGGCCUGGGCAAGGCAGUGUAGGACCGGGCGUGUCAGCUCUUGCUGCAGCAUUGUCCAAUUCCGUGGGCAACUCUCCUCCACGAUUUGGAACGCCCCCACGUGUCGGGACGCCGCCUCUUGGACGGCCACCUCUGUCUCCUUCCGGAUCCGGUUCGAAUCUGGCAGGCGAAGCCGGAACCUAUGGCUCUUAUUCGAGAAACAACGGUGCCUACGAGGACCCUGAGAUCGUGAAGCGCCACCUGGUACAGCCGUCAGGUACACCCGAGCCUGGUGAGCAGCUCGGCAAGGGAAAGCAAGCAGGUGACACAGAGUCUGUCCUCGACGAUGACGAGUUUUCGAGUUUGCAGCUCCAAGGCGGUGACAUCACCCGAACAAUCUACAAAUGGACAGAAGACGCCCAAUCGAGGCAUAAGACACAGCGCAGCAAGAGCUUCAGCUUGUCCAGGCCAGAGCCUGAGAAUGAAGUACUUGACAUCAACACCAUCAAAGUUCCGGGCGGCUUUAGGCGUAACUAUCUUCGGCGCUCAGCCCAGAGCCCUGCGGCACACGCCACUUCGCGUUAUGACGGUGGAGAAUCCGGUGCCAGGAGUCAGCCUCAGCUUUUCACGAGCAGUUUCCUGGAGUUCCUGACCAUUUAUGGUCACUUUGCGGGAGAACAGCUCGAGGAAGAUGACGAGGAUCUUCUGCCCGGAGAGUAUUUCUCUUCUGGCGAGGAUGAGUUCGAAUCCGACGAAGGCAGUGAUGAGGACCGCGAGCCCAUGGAGGACAGUGCUUUGCUGACUCCGUCCCGACGGAAGAGGAGGAGAAGGGUGAGAGGAGGAAGUGGUAAUAAUACUCCGAUGAAUGCUGCUCUCCUCUUGCUGAAGUCUUUUGUGGGCACUGGCGUUUUGUUCUUGCCUCGCGCGUAUUACAACGGUGGUAUGGUUUUCAGCAACUUGAUCCUGCUGUUUGUUGCGGCGCUCAGCUACUACUGCUUCGUGCUCCUCGUCACAACACGCCUCAAGGUUGUAGGCUCGUUUGGUGACAUUGGCGGUAUUCUGUACGGACCAUGGAUGCGGAAUUUGAUCUUGACCUCGAUCGUUGUCAGCCAGAUUGGUUUCGUGGCCGCUUACAUUGUCUUCACAUCUGAGAAUCUGCAAGCAUUCAUUCUCGCCGUUUCGAAAUGUUCCACCUACAUUCCGAUCACUUAUCUCAUCCUGAUGCAAAUGGUCAUUUUCCUGCCUUUUGCUCUCUUCAGAGAUAUUGGCAAACUUGGAUUUACUGCACUGAUUGCCGAUGCUUUCAUUGUCCUCGGUCUUGCAUACCUCUUCUACUACGACGUUCUUACCUUGAGUUCCGAAGGCCUUGCAGAUAUCAUUCUCUUCAAUGAGAGAGAUUGGACACUGUUCAUUGGCACUGCCAUCUUUACCUUUGAGGGUAUUGGGCUUAUUAUCCCCAUCCAGGAGUCGAUGAAGUCGCCUGCCAAGUUCCCCAAGGUCAUGUUCAUUGUCAUGAUCAUCAUUACGACCCUUUUCAUCACCAUGGGAGCGGUCUCGUACGCUGCUUACGGUUCCAAGACCGAGACCGUGGUUCUCCUGAACCUUCCACAGGACAAUAAGCUCGUCAAUGGUGUACAAUUCUUGUAUUCCUUGGCCAUUCUCCUGUCAACUCCGCUACAGAUCUUCCCAGCCAUCAAAAUCACUGAGAAUGCCCUGUUCACGAAAAGUGGAAAAUACAACCCCUACAUCAAGUGGCAGAAGAAUGUCUACCGCUUCUUUGUUGUUUUCGUUUGUGCUUUCAUUGCUUGGGUCGGAGCAGACAACUUGGAUAAAUUCGUCGCUCUUGUUGGAAACUUUGCCUGUAUUCCUCUUGUUUUCAUUUACCCGGCAUUGCUUCACUACAAGGCUGUCGCCAAGAGCAAGCUCUGGAAAUAUUCCGACAUUGCUCUUUGUAUCUUUGGCUUUAUCGCCAUGGCUUAUACCACCAGCUUGACCAUCAUCUCAUGGGCAAGCGGCCCCUCUGGCCCUCCGUUGCCCAAGUAUUGCGACGACAAGGGUCUUUAA